AUUUUGCUAGGUUUGUUUACAUUAAGUUUGUAUACGGCUCUUCAGUUGGCCGUAGUCGGAAGUGCCAAGAAGACGAUGGCGGAGAACGCAUCUCUGAGCGACACACCAACCAUUGGCGUUUUGUGCAUCGAUAUUGCCACCAAACUGCAGCACAAUUUCGGUAGGAAGUACUAUAGCUAUAUAGCCGCGUCCUAUGUCAAAUUUCUGGAGGCAUCCGGUGCCCAUGUGGUGCCCAUUUGGACCGGUAAGGAACGAGCUUACUAUGAAUCGAUGAUGGGACAGAUAAAUGGCAUCCUUUUGCCCGGGGGAGCGGUUUUCAUCGACGAGGCUGAUAGGCAAACCCGUCCGGAUCUGACCAGCGAUUGUGUGAGGAGUGCCGAGCACAUUUACCAACUGGCCAUGGAGCGAAAUCAACGGGCGAGAAGGCAGGAUGAUGCCGGUGGAUACUUCCCCAUUUGGGGAACUUGUCUGGGCUUCCAGUUGCUCCUCGUCCAUGCCGCCGAAGAGCCCAAGAUUCGCACCGAUUGCCAGCCCAUGAGGCAGGCCAUGCCCAUUAAACUAACUGAGGACUACCAGGAAUCCAAAUUGUUUGAGAAUUUAGGGGAUUCCGCGGCCAGGGAGAUGGAAAAUCAUCCCUUUGCCUGUCACCAACAUCGCUAUUGUAUUACCAAAGAGAGUUUGGAGACCUGUGGGCUUGCCAAGGACUGGCAUCCUCUGGCCACUCAGAAGGAUUCUGCGGGACUGGAAUUCAUCACGAUUGUCGAGCACCGGCGGUUUCCCAUUUUUGGUUGCCAGUUUCAUCCGGAACGCGCUGCCUUCGAGCAGCUUAUUACCUCAAAGGAUCUCUGCCACUUGGCACAUUCUUAUUCGGGAAUCCAGUUGUCCCAGAUAUUCAGUAGUCGAUUUGUGGACAUCUGUCGUAGGAACAGAAAUCGAUUUGAUAGCCCGAAAGUAAAGCUGCGCCACCUCAUCUGGAACUGGCAGCCCGUUUUCUCGGGUCAAUUCGGGGACUCCAACUGGCUGCAGUGCUAUCUUUUUGAGAAGGACGUGGACUAUCCGGAAGUUUCCAAGGAUGCUGUGCAAUGUGCGGAUGCCAACCGCAAUGAUGGAUUGUGAUAGCCACAAGCUGUGAAUCAAAAUCUCGAUUUAUUUUAUAUGUUUAGUACUCAAAUAUGUAUCUUAUUUUACUCAGGCCAUUAACAGUAUUUAAAGCAAUA